AACGACCUGCACACGAGAUCUUGCAUCGGAGAUACCGAAGGCGAGCUCAGAUCUUUCUCUCUCGCCUGCUCUCUUCGGUUCCUUCUCUCCCCGUUUGAUCGUUCUGGGGAUCCUCUCCCUCCUGUUCGAGUUCGAUGGCCAACGCCCUAGGGCUCGUCUCGUCGUCCGCGCGUUCCUUCCGGGAGAGAAAGCUGGAGCCUUGGGCGUUUCGGAGGUUUGGAUCCAGGAGGGCGCUGCUCGGAUGCUUCCGCGCUGCGAUGGAUGGUAAUGUCCUUGGCGCCGUCGCGUUGAGUUCGUCUCAGCGCCAAAGAAAGAAAAACUGCAGAGUUGUUGGCCUGGGGUCAAAACUUGUUGGAUCAGGAUCUGCUGUUCCAAAGCUCACCAUUUCCAAUGAUGAUCUUGCACAAAUUGUUGAAACCUCAGAUGAAUGGAUUUCUGUUCGGACAGGGAUUCGGAAUAGGAGAGUUCUUACAGGAAAUGAAACGUUGGGUGGCUUAGCUGCAGAGGCAGCAAAAGGGGCUCUUCUAAUGGCCGAAGUAGAAGCUGAUGCAGUUGAUCUAGUCAUAUUGUGCACAUCAACGCCAGAUGAUUUGUUUGGAGGUGGCUCUCAGAUACAAAGGGACUUGGGAUGCAAAAAUGCUUGGGCUUUUGACAUAACAGCUGCUUGUAGUGGAUUUAUCAUUGGCCUAAUUACUGCUACUCGCUUCAUUAAAGGUGGUGGGUUUCAGAAUAUCCUGGUAAUUGGUGCAGAUGCUCUUUCACGCAAUGUGGACUGGACAGACAGAGGCACGUGCAUCCUUUUUGGCGAUGCAGCUGGUGCGGUGCUUGUCCAGGCAUGCAACAGUGAAGAAGAUGGCUUGCUUGGUUUCGAUGUUCACAGCGAUGGGAAUGGCCACAGGCAAUUACAUGCUCUAGCAACGUAUGAUCAUGCAGCGGAAAGUAAUGGCACCCGUCUAUUUCCUCCAAAGAGAUCAUCGUAUUCUUGCAUUCAGAUGAAUGGCCAGGAGGUCUUCCGCUUUGCAGUUCGAUGCGUUCCACAAUCUAUCGAAGCUGCAUUGGAGGAAGCUGGCAUUCCAAGUUCUAGUAUCGAUUGGUUGCUGCUCCAUCAGGCAAACCAACGGAUCAUAGAUGCGGUUGCGGGCCGGUUAGAGAUCCCUCACGAAAAGGUCAUAUCGAAUUUGGCUAACUAUGGAAACACAAGCGCAGCAUCGAUUCCUCUAGCACUGGAUGAGGUCGUUCGGGCUGGAAAGGUUCAGGCUGGCAACACCAUUGCGACUGCUGGGUUCGGAGCUGGACUCACUUGGGGUUCCGCAAUCAUUAGGUGGAGAUGAAGCUUCCGCUCAAGGACGAUGACAGAAGUUGCUCAAAUGCUGAUGCUCGGUCGACAGUACGUUCGAGUAGAAAAGAGUUUCUUCCCUUUCGGAAUAUGUUUCUAUUUCAAAUUCCUUGAACAUGUUUUCUCCAGAUAGUGGCCAUUCUGAGUGUUGGUCCAUUUCACCACAGAAAUGGCACAUUGUCUGUGUCAACUAUCUUCAUUCAAUUCUUUUACUUGAACAAUCUUUGGUUCGUGCAGAAGUUUUCAGUUUUAUAUCAAAAAUCUAAUUAUUGCA